GUCAUUGUCUAUAUUCUAUCUCUCUCUCUUUUCCUUUUUUAUUUAUUUCUAUAUAUAUAUAUAUAGUAUUUAUAUAUGUUAUAAAGUGUAAAAAUAUGUCCAUUUUGUUGUACAAGUCAUGCAAACGACUACAACAGUCUAGGAUACGACACUUUAGUUGGCAUAUUUCACAUUCUUGUCAAGUUCGGUUACCGACAUCUAUACCUUCGUGUCUACGGUGGUUACCUUCAACCAUUCCAACAUCGGAAGUAGCUACUUAUUCUACUAUAACAACAGCUGUCUCUUCACAACAUAUUAGUCGACAUCAUAUCUUUACCGGCAACAAUCUCUUUUUAUACCCAGCAUUGUCUACCAGUACAACUCAUUACUCGACUCUUGCUGCUCAAUCAUCUAUGGAUAUAUCCGAUCAACAACAACAAGAAGUCUUAUUACCAAUGUGGUUGAAAGCUUAUGAAGAUGAAUUCACUCAAAUACAACAACUUUUAAACAAUGACCAAUAUGACGAUGCUGUUCGACUUUUGGCAACCAUACCUUUCCACCAUAAGGAUUAUUUGACGCAAUACGCUAAACUACUGGAUCCUUAUGCAAUUCAUCUGGAACGAAGGCUACGAAAAGGGAAAUGGGAUCAAGGCAUUGCUGAUUAUCAACAACUCAUAUCAUCGCCAUGGUCAUCCGUUAUUCAAUACAAUCGAAGAAUAUUCAAAGCGACGGUGUUAAUGUAUUGUGCCAUAGGAAAUUGGGAUGAAUGCGAACGUAUGCUCAAGGGACGAAAAAUUAACAUGACAACAACAACUGUGGCAAGAAUGAUGGUGACUCUGAUGGGCUUGAAGACAAUGACACUGGCAAACAAACAUUCUUAUGCGGUUACAGGAAAAAAUAUUGGUCGAUCAUUACAGGCGUUUGAACAUAUAUUGGACAUACAAGUGAAUGCAGAAACAUUGGCCAAGAUUUUGAGGUAUCUUGGGGAACGUGGUAUGAUAGAAGAAGCACAUCGACUCUAUAGGUGGGCGCGUGGUGAACGAGGAUAUGGACGACAAGGGAAAAGCAGAUUAACACCAGAAAAAACAAAACGAUGUACCCAAUCGAUCAUCUACCUUGCUAUGAUUGAAUCGGCCGUGUUGAACAAUGAUACAGUGAAAGCGGAAAGGAUUUGGCAUGAACGUAUGUAUCGUGGUCAAUUCAGUACGGAUCCUAAAGCGAUUACAUUCAAACCAGCGACACUCUCAGCAUACAACAUCUUGCUCAACAUUUAUGCAAGUCAACUUCCAGCACCCAAUCUGGCACGCGUGCAACGGACGUAUAGACGACUCCUCAACAAUGGACAUACACCCAAUGCCUUCACUUAUAAUACAUUGAUCAAGGCCUUUGUGAAUGUUGGUAAACCUAGUUCGGCUUAUCAGGUGUUCGACACGAUGCUUCAUUCUGGCACAAAACCGGAUAGCUGGACUAUCAAUCUGAUGUUAAGAGGAUGGAUUGAAAAACGUGAAUGGAAUCAUGUCGAAAAUUUUAUACAACGCUUACAACAAUUACAGCAGGAUGAUUUAUGGAACAUAGAAUUGGACAAAUAUGCAUUCAACAUUAUGCUUCAAGGUUUUUUACAUUUGGAUACGCGUAUGUUUUCUGUGGAACGGAUAUUGAAAGCUCAUCGGGAUUGGAGUCAUGUUCGACAUUUACAACAAAAAUCUCAACCUUAUCCAUUAUCAACGCAAACCAUUUGGGAUAUUUUUGAAGCAGUAUCGGGAUAUCGGAAGGAUCAAGUACUUUAUUAUAAUCAUCAACAUCAUCAUCAUUCGUCAAUACCAUCACAAUCAUCAACAAUAACAACAAUAACAACUGAAGUCUUCAAUAAAGAAAGUGGUUUCGUCAAUUUAUUCCAACAGCAAGUCUUUAAUCAAGUGUCAUGUAAAUUAUUUAUCAAGGCAUUCACUUUGGCCAAGGAUUAUCAUUCGGCGGAAAUAAUCAAGACUUGGAUGUUUAUCAGUUACCCUCCUAUAUUAGAAAAGAAACCAUCCACUUAGUUAGACUAAUUCAUACAACAUAUACAUAUAUAUAUUUACGCACACAUACACACAUAUCACAAUUACUACACGCAACUCUUGCCCACACAUACAUCUUUUUAUAUACAUACACUUUUUGUACUUUUUUAUACCUUUUUUUUUAUAAUAAACGAACUGUUG